AUGGGGACGAAGAAGGUGUCCUACUUUUUUAACCCGGACGUCGGAAACUUCCACUACGGGCCCGGGCACCCGAUGAAACCGCACCGGCUGUCGGUAAUCCACCACCUGGUGAUGAACUAUGGACUGCACAAAAAGAUGCAAAUCUAUCGACCGUACAAAGCGAGCGCACAUGAUAUGUGUCGUUUCCAUAGCGACGAGUAUAUCGAGUUCCUGCAACGCGUUACACCGCAGAACAUUCAGGGCUACACCAAGUGCCUGUCGGUGUUCAACGUCGGCGACGACUGUCCCGUGUUCGACGGGUUGUUUGAGUUCUGUGCCAUGUACACCGGUGCCUCGCUCGAGGGCGCACAGAAGCUGAACCACAACCACAGCGAUAUCUGCAUCAACUGGUCCGGGGGGUUGCAUCACGCGAAAAAGUUCGAAGCGUCCGGGUUUUGCUACGUGAACGACAUCGUGAUCGGUAUCCUGGAGCUGCUGAAGUACCAUCCGCGCGUGCUCUACAUCGACAUCGACGUGCACCAUGGGGACGGGGUACAGGAGGCGUUCUACCUGACCGACCGCGUGAUGACGGUUUCGUUUCACAAGUACGGCAACUACUUCUUCCCCGGCACGGGCGACAUGUACGAGAUCGGGGCGGAAUCGGGCCGCUACUACUCGGUCAACGUGCCCCUGAAGGAGGGCAUCGACGAUCAGAGCUACGUGCAGGUGUUCAAGCCGGUCAUCUCGGCGGUGAUGGAGUUUUACCAGCCGACGGCGAUCGUGCUGCAGUGUGGGGCCGACUCGCUGGCGGGCGAUCGGUUGGGGUGCUUUUCGCUCAGCACCAAGGGCCACGGUGAGUGCGUCAAGUUCGUCAAGGACCUGAACGUGCCGACGCUGGUGGUGGGCGGCGGCGGGUACACGCUGCGCAACGUGGCCCGCUGCUGGACGUACGAGACGUCGCUGCUGAUCGACGAAACCAUCUCGAACGAGCUGCCGAUGAACGACUAUUUGGAGUUUUUUGCGCCCGACUUUACGCUCCACCCGGACAUUCCCAGCCGGCAGGACAAUGCGAACAGCAAGCAGUACCUCGAGGCGAUCACGCGGCACGUGUACGACAAUCUGAAAAUGUGCCAGCACGCACCGAGUGUGCAGAUGUUCGACAUUCCGGAGGAUGCACUGUCGGAGGAUCUGAAAGCGAACGCUGACGCGGAACCGAACCCGGACGUGCGCGUCAGCCAGGAGGACGAGGAUAAGCUCGUCGAGCCGAAGAAUGAAUUCUUCGACGGUGAUAACGAUAACGAUAAGAGUGAGAACGAACCUUAACACGAUCGCGGGCGCGCGUGAACGGAGAACUGCCGACAUCUUCCAUACAAGACACGCACGCAAGCACGCGCCGCGGGCAUACUUUAAGUUUUAGAAGGUAAUAAAAUAACCAGC